GUGAGCAACAUCACGUCCAUUAAUGAUGGCAGAUAGACUCGGAGGUACAGUAUGUGGCUUUUACAUGAACUACACCAACAGUCGAGGAAAAAAGGUAGCAGUAUUUGUUGUGUUGCCACAGUAAUGAGAAUGUAUUUUAUAGAAUGUAUACAAUUCAAUUAAAAACAGCAGCAGUAACAUUCCACCGGCUGUCUUUCACAGAGUUCACUUCAGCUGUUGGUGCACUGAGAUUACUCGACCACAGAGAAAUCUAAAGACCAUCAGAUGCUUCCCUCAAACCAGCUGAAGACAGUGGGGCUGAUGCCUUGGGAGAGAUAUGUCACUACUUACAGCAGAGACUAUCAACCCUUCAGUGAGCGUCAGCCGCAGGUCAACCAGCCAAAGUCGAGGACUGAAGCUCAGGCUGCUCCUGGAUUCAUCAGCACACCUCAGGCUCAAAGUGAAGCCUGGCCUAUAUUUCACCAAAACUUUUACAAGACGUCUAACAGCAUCUACGGCUCCGGUUUACAGCCUCCCUAUUGUUCCAUCUUCCCUGCCUACUUGCAUCCUUUUGGAUCUGUACUUGGUGACGAGGCGAAAGGUCGACUGCACUGUGUUUUUGAUGGAAAGGUAAAUGUGUUGGAGCAGCAGGAGGCAAAAGAUGAGCCGCAGCAGAAGAUUGAUGUGCUCUACGAGGAAGGUGUAAUUGUGUUGUCGUCUCACGUGGGUCCGGCCUGCUGCGAAGGCCUCCUCAGAUCUGUCUGCAGGGAAGCCGGGCUGCCGCACCUGCUCUACCUCCCCGAGGCCUCCCGUCCAAUUAUCACCCUCAAAGAUGCAGAACAUUGUGAUAGCAGUGCCUAUUGGAGGUGCUGGGGACCGGCUACUGGAGUGACGAACAGCUCCUUCCUUCAGCCUACUUCAAGCAGUUGCUAUGCAUGGGACUCUGAGCACCCUAAUAGUUAUUUCAAGAUACAAACCUGCCUCCCUAGUAGCGGCACUCUACCUCCGGCCCACGAACAGCCAACCUUCUACUGCACAGAGCCCAGCAGGAGGCUGCCGAUGACAGAGUACCAAGAUAGAUACUCUGCUGAGGUAAGAGACCGUGUGUGUGUGUGUGUGUGUGUGUGUGUGUGUGUGUGUGUGUGUGUGUGUGUGUGUGUGUGUGUGUGUGUGUGUGUGUGUGUGUGUGUGUGUGUGUGUGUGUGUGUGUGUGUGUGUGUGUGUGUGUGUGUGUGUGUGUGUGUGUGUGUGUGAUGAUAAUCAAACACCUUGUAUAUUUUCGCUAAUCACCUUGUGUGCCUACUCCUAGUGGGCCCAGCCUAAGAUGCAGCAGAGAGGUCUUCUUCAUCGUCACUGACCUCCUCAAAAGAAACUUUAUUCUCCAAUCUGAAUCUCACCUCUCAAUACACUGCAGAUCAAAAA